AUGAGGCCAAGUGGACACAAGGUAGUUCCAAUGGGGCCAAGUGGACAGCAUGUAGUUCCAAUUGGGCCAAAUGGACACCAGGUAGUUCAAAUAAGGCCAAGUGGACAACAGGUAGUUCCAAUAGGGCCAAGUGGACAGCAGGUAGUUCCAAUAGGGCCAAGUGGACAGCAGAUAGUUCCGAUAGGGCCAAUCGGACAGCAGAGAGUUCCAAUAGGGCCAAGUGGACAGCAGGUAGUUCCAAUAUGGCCAAGUGGACAGCAGGUAGUUCCAAUGGGGCCAAGUGGACAACAGAUAGUUCCAAUGGGGCCAAGUGGACAGCAUGUAGUUCCAAUAGGGCCAAGUGGACAGCAUGUAGUUCCAAUGGGGCCAAGUGGACAGCAGGUAGUUUCAAUGGGGCCAGGUGGACAACAGGUAGUCCUAAUGGGGCCAAGUAGACAACAGAUAGUUCCAAUGAGACCAAGUGGACACAAGGUAGUUCCAAUGGGGCCAAGUGGACAGCAUGUAGUUCCAAUGGGGCCAAGUGGACAGCAGUUAGUUCCAAUAGGGCCAAGUGGACAGCAGGUAGUUCCAAUGGGGCCAAGUUGA